AUGGCACCCUCGCACCAUGUCGUUGUCAUUGGGUCUGGCGUCAUCGGCCUCACAAAUGCUGUAUUCUUGGCCGAAGCUGGAUAUUCAGUCACUAUCAUCGCAGCACACGUCCCUGGAGAUCAGAGUAUUGAAUACGCAUCACCAUGGGCUGGCGCUCACUGGCGAACACACGCCACGGUUGACGAACCAGUGCAAUGUGACUGGGACGUUCAGACGUUCAAGGCUUGGGAGGAAUUGUUAGCACGUGAAGCGCAGUCGAACGGGAUUGAUAAGUCUGAAUCCGGUUCUGGGUUAAAAAUGGUCGAAUCGAUCCAUUAUUGGGACAACGAGGUCACGGAAGACCUCUGGUGGGCUUCACAUGUGAAGGACUAUCGCGAACUGUCCACUUCCCAAGACCCGGUUCUUUCCCUCAACAAAAAUCAUCCAGCGCAUGCACCGAAGAUCCUGCACGCCGCAACGAGUCGGGCUUUCUCAAUCAAUGUGCCACAGUAUCUGCUCUAUCUCCAAGAGCGAGCUCGUGCGGCUGGUGUUGUCAUCUUUCAAAGUAAGUUGCCCAGCGAUGGCGGUAUGGAAAAGGCAUUAGCUACAGCCGAGGGCAUUAGCAAAGUCCUGGGUAGGGGCAAAGUCGAUUGUUUCGUGAAUGCUACUGGACUAGGAGCGUUGAGGCUUUGUAAUGAUAAUAAUCUCUAUCCUGUUCGUGGUCAGACUGUUCUUGUCAAAGGAGAGGCCAAGGCGACUCGGACGAGGUAUCAUGGUGGGAAGAUUGGUGAAGGAUCGACGUCGUAUUGUAUUGUACGUCCCGGCAGUGGGACAACGAUACUUGGAGGUACGAAGGAGAAAGGAAAUUGGAGUCCAAGCCCCGACCCAAAGUCUACGGAGACGAUCCUGCAAAGGUGUAGUUGGAUGGUUCCAGAGUUGCUGACAGCGGAAGAUGGCGGAUUUGAGGUUCUGAGUGUACAGUGCGGACUGAGACCGGGUAGGACGGGAGGUCCCAGAGUGGAGAGAGAGCUCAUCGGUGGAAGGAAUGUAGUUCAUGCUUAUGGACACGCAGGCGGAGGGUAUCAAAACUCGAUUGGCAGCGCAAAGGAUGUCUUGAAACUGGUCAAUGAGAGUGUUGAUGGGGAUCGAGGAGCAGAGGACGAAAUUAAAGCAAGGCUUUGA